GAAGAAAAUAAAAAAAUGAGUCUUAGUAAAUCAGCUCUUUUAGCUGUAAAUUUUUGCAUCGUUGUAAGCCAGGUCUCUUGUGAUGAACAAAAUGAAACUACAACAAAUACCCCAGAUACGCCAAAGGAAAAAACGAAUGUAAAAGAGAGCGCUCUUUGCAAAAAAUGUACUUGCGAUUUUGCCAACAGUUUACUCGAUUGCAGCGAGAAACUUUCGGGAUGGCUGUCUGAUGAGGAAUGGAAAAACCUUACUAACGGAGAUUUUGUGUUCAAAACAAUCAAUUUCGAACACAACAACCUCACCAGUGUUCCGGUUCUGCCAACAUAUGAUAUGGAAGACUUGUACUUGGCACACAACCAGAUAGAAUCGAUUGCGAAGGGGGCUUUUCAGAACUUGAGCGAGCUAAUCAAUCUAGAUCUGUCGCACAAUCUCUUGCCAUCGAAAGCCCUGGUACCAGAUGUUUUCAAAGGACCCUACACAGCCAAUGAUUUUGCAACUUUAAAUGUUAAAUCGCUUAAUUUGGGUUACAAUGAUCUGCAUAACUUGGACGCCGACUUGUUUGAACACAUUCCCUAUGUAGAGGAGCUGGUUCUCUGCGGAAACAGUUUCCACAUAAUUGAUCAACUUUCGGAAACGGCUAUUUCUGGGUUAGGUCAUUUGAAGAUUUUAGAUAUCUCUUAUAUGGAAAUCGAUGACAUACCAGACACAGUUCUUCAUGGACCUCGAGAUCUUGAUACUCUUAUAGCAGCUGGAAAUCUCUUCCACCAUUUACCAAAGGCCUUAAAAUGGGCCACGAAUUUGACCAGCCUGGUUUUAAAUCAGAACCCAAUUGAAAGUCUGAUUGGAGACAAUGUAUUUCCGCCGUUGACAAAAUUGAACCAUCUGAGUAUGUCCUUUAUGUCGAAACUAUACAAAAUUGGACCUGGAGCAUUUAGUGAAUUACAAGGCCUGACCGAGCUUAUAUUGUCCGACAACAAGUUACUAAACGAAAUCGACGAGGAAGCAUUAUCAAAGAACGUUACUGGAGGCCAAUAUUUGGACUAUCCCCCAUUGGAAACGGUUUACUUGAAUAACUGCAACCUUACCACUCUGCCAAAAUCUCUGCUCGUGCGUUGGGAUAAACUCAAAGCCCUUGAUCUUAGAUUCAAUCCGUGGAACUGCGACAGUUCCAAUGAUUACUUGAUUAACGAGUUGAUAGAGCAAGUCAACAGAACCUCAGCCGUUUUAGCCAAAGACGUCCAGUGUGCCACUCCGACAAAUUUAAAGGGCGUGACGGUUCUGAAAGUGGCAAACGAACAUUUGAUGGAAAGCUCUACUGGCAGUAUAAUUUGGGUCGGACUCCUAGUUUUCCUUCUAAUUGCUGUGCCGACAAUUGUGGCCGCCGUCAUAAUGAAAAGACGCGGCUGCUUCGGCGCUUUUAGACGCAAUAGCAGCGGUGCUGAUCGCGCUCUCUAUAAUAGGACUAGUUUCAAUGAAGAUUUCCACAUCUAAUUUUCGUUGUGGACUGGUAGUAUUAAAGUUAUAAUUAAACUUAAAAGCGGUUGUGCUUUAAUGAGUCACUACGUUCAACUUCAUAUUAAAAAACAAGUUGCAUACCUGAUAGAUAGCAUGCCUGCUUCAAAAACAACCAUUGGAUGGACUAACUAUAAAUAUUUUCUAAACAUUCCGCUUGACCAUCGUCAAUUAAAAUACUUUUUUGCAAAAUAAAUAAAACUAUACAAAAAUAUUGCGGUA